UCGUCCGCGAAAUAUCAAAGAGCGGAAAGUCGCUUUUUUUCUUUUUUUUUUCAAUUUAUAAAUAUUUCCUUAGAAAUUAUAAAGCAGACGUAUAUGUGUUAAUCACUCGUUUGCUGUAUUGGUCAUCGGGUUCCAAAGAUUGUCUGUUUCAAGACCCAACCUUUGGAUUCUCUACUCUCUUCUGUAAUAAUUCCAGAGAGAGGUGAUUAGGAAAGGAGAUGUAUUAUCAGUUGACCAACUCAUCUUACAGAGAUUCUUUGAAGAUUCUUGAGGCUGACAUUGAGCACGCCAAUUCACUGGCUGCUGAGAUUCCAAUGGGAAAGAGCGGUGUGCGACUUCAGAUGAAACUGGUGUGCAGUAACUUGGCUCCUUUCUUCAUAUUCUUGCUACAGUGGAUGGAUAUCUCAUGUCUCCUUCCAAGCUAUUUUGAUUUCUUCUACAUUCUCAUUUACAAGGUAGGUGUUGAUGGACGGUGGAAUCUAUCCAGGUACGGAAGAAAAGCUACAAUCAGGGAGACUUAAGCCCGGUUGUGUUUUUUCUUCUUCUUCUCAUUAUUAGUCUUAUAGAACAUUGGGAUUUGGCUAACUGCAGGUGUUAUAUUACCAUCACUUGAGCGUCUUCACAUAAACUUCGCUGACGAUAGCUUAUGGUAUCCGAAUCCAAAAGCUAUCACCAAGAAGUAUGAUAACAGAUUCAUCAUGUCUACCGUCGACUUGGAAAGAGAAGACGAAUGCGGGAUCUGCUUAGAGCCUUGCACGAAAAUGGUGUUGCCCAACUGUUGCCAUGCCAUGUGCAUCAAAUGUUACCGGAACUGGAACACCGAGUCGGAGUCAUGCCCGUUUUGUAGAGGCAGCAUCAAGAGAGUGAACUCUGAGGAUCUUUGGGUGCUGACUUGCGAUGAAUAUGUGGUGGAUACAGAGACGGUCACGAAGGAGGAUCUUCUUCGGUUCUACCUCCACGUUAAUAGCCUCCCUAAAGAUUAUCCUGAAGCCGUCUUCCUACUUGACAACGAGUACUUGAUAUGAUUUGGUUACAUGGUGAGGGUGUAGAGAGGGAGAAAGAUCCCAGACCUUUAACUAAGUGUAUAUAAAGAGUCUGGGUGAUCCAAGAUUAUUAUCCUUCAUUUUAGAUUAUGAUGAUAAAAAAUUGUCAUAAUGUGUCACCCUUGUUAUGAAAUAUGAAAGAGAUAUUUCACGUCUUGUUUCUUCUUGACAGCACAAACAUGUUUCAAGAAUCAAAUAUGAGGAUUAGAAACUUGUUUGGAUACAGAGAUUCGUAACUUGUUUAUAUUAGUGGUUCGUGUUGUUGUU